CCGUUUAUCACGUGUUUAUUCUGAAGAUGGCGUCUCCAAAUGGAGGUGAUGAUUUUGAGUCCUCUUUGCUGAGUUUUGAGAAGUUGGACAGAGCGUCACCAGACCUGUGGCCAGAGCAGUUGCCCGGAGUUGCAGAAUUUGCUGCAUCUUGUAAAAAUCCCAUCACUAAUUCGCCGCCCAAGUGGAUGGCUGAACUAGAGAAUGAGGACAUUGAAAUGUUGAAGGAACUGGGUAGUCUGACCACAGCCAACUUGAUGGAGAAGGUCAAAGGACUUCAGAACCUCGCUUACCAGCUGGGCUUAGAGGAGUAUGUCAAUGGAACUCUACAGGGUUUUUGGGAAAAUGAGCAGAGCUGGGAAAUAUCUGCACUCAGUACCAUAAUGUCAAUUAUUUAACUAUAAGCCAGGGAAAUGACCAGAGGCAAGUUUCUGAACAUCUUGGAGAGGCCCAAGAAGUGACAUGUUUAGUUUUGUUUUUGCAAGCAACAGGAAAUUUGGGACUGCAAGGUGAAUCUGAUAUACCUUCACCAAUAUGCUCUGAACAUGUUCAGACCUUCACAACACAGUUCAAAGACUUUGCACUCAAACCAUAGAUGGGAGCAAAAUGCCCACUCCCACAGCUGAGGUCUUCUGCCCACACUGCACCUGUUGUCCUCCUAGGUAGAUGCCUUUAAGUUUAUGGAAACGUCAUAUGAUUUAUUACUUCCCUACUGAAUUUUGCUGUAGCUUGUAGAUCUGCUUUGAUUAAAUGUUCCCUAUUUAUUCUAAUUUCUAUUUUAAACAUGAUUUGCAUUUUUCUUUUUUGAGUUUGUGGAGUUGUUUAAUAAAGUUUUAAAACGAGAA